AAAUGCAGAAUGCUUUACGAGACCACCAAGGACCAUUUACCUCUUCCUUAAGCAAACAUAUUCCUAUCUCCCACUCUUAAAACUAUACAUUGAUACAUUCCACUCCACCACCCAAUUUACACAUCUAUCCACACGUUCGAAACAGCGUUCAUCGAAUACAUGUCACAGAUGCCUCUCCGCCGAAGAAUUCCGGUCAGCCGGAGAAUCAGACCACCUCAUCCGUCACCUUCUACUCACCGGAAAGUAGCAAUUCAUCGAUCGUCAAAUUGGAAGAAGCAAUAUUCGAAAUCAAUCAACAGAUGCAACUCCGAGCCUACUCUGUCGGUCACUGGUAUCUCUCUCGCCGAUGCUGCUGUUCAUGUCGGAGAUGAUCAUCGGUAUAUGACUCCGCCAGGUGACAGUUGCUCGAUUUUUCGAACUCGGAUCUCUACAGAUGUAUUCUCGUCGUCUCCUGAGUUAUUGCCUAAUUCGCCUGAAAAAAGUAAGAGUUACAACAAAGAUGCAAAAGUUGUGGUUAAGGUAAUGGUUGAGGGAAGCCCGGGACCCAUUCGAGCUUUGGUGAAAUUGGGUUCGAGUGUUGACGAGACAAUAAGACUUGUUAUGAACAAAUAUAAUGCCGAAGGAAGGAGUCCUCGAAUUCAUCAAGAUGUCACCUCUUCCUAUGAGUUGCAUCACUCGUAUUUUAGUCUUAAACGUUUGGAUAAAUCAAACCUGAUAGGAGAAAUUGGGAGCAGAAGUUUCUAUAUGCGUAAGAGUGUGAAUGACAAAGAAGAUAUGUCUUCUAACGGCUCUGUUGAUUCAAAGAUUGUUGAGUCUACUACAAACGAUUCUCCAACUUCGAGUUUGAAUAUUUUCUUGAGAGAACUUGUAUGUCAAGAAUUCAAGAAAAUAAUAACAAUGACGAAUAAGAUUUGUAGAUUCUUGGGUUGUUUUGAUGGUUGAUUUUUGAUCAAAUAAAUAUAUGUACAUAUUGUUACUAAAAAUUUAGAAGACAAAAAUUGUUUCUAGAGAUGGUAAUCUAUGUAAACUAACAAGUGAAGACAUAUAAUGUCUAAGGUUUCGUAUUAUUAUCAA